GAGCGGGCCCGCGCCUCCCGCACCAGCAAAACUUAGUUGAGGCGCGGUCCUGACCGUGGCGCUGCCUGGCGCAUUUUCAGAGGAAUUGCUCUAUUCAGCGGCCGGGCCAAGCCGGCUGACGAGACGCGCGGCCGGCGUGGACUGCGGCCGGCGCCGGCAUGCCGCUCGCGCGCCCGGGGCGAUCCCUUCUGCAAGCCGCGCACUUGGUGGCGGGGAGGGCCCGCUUGCUGCGGCUCCAUGGUAAUGUUGUUCUUCUGUAUUAAGGUAUCAUUGCUUUAGAUCAGAAAGCAAAGCAGCAGAAAACAGCCCAGUGACUCCAAUGCUGAAACAUCUCACAAUGAAAAUUAAGUCAACUGGUCCCAUUACAGUUGCUGAAUAUAUGCGAGAAGUUUUAACUAAUCCUGUGAAGGGAUACUAUAUGCACCGUGACAUGCUAGGAGAAAAAGGAGAUUUUGUUACUUCACCUGAAAUAAGUCAGAUCUUUGGAGAGUUAAUAGGCAUUUGGUUUAUUAGUGAAUGGAUGGCCACUGGAAAACCAAAAAAAAUUCAGCUGGUAGAGUUGGGGCCAGGUAGAGGUAGCCUUACCAGUGAUAUUUUACGGGUUUUUAAUCAGCUGGGCUCUUUACUUAGUAAAUGCAACAUUUCUGUGCAUUUGGUGGAGGUCAGUCCCAAAUUAAGUGAGAUUCAAGCAUCAGUGCUGACAGAAGAAAAGAUAGAAUUACAAGAGGGACCAUCUGCUUACAUGCAAGGAGUUACUAAGACCAAACUGCCAAUUUUCUGGUAUCGAGAUUUGAAUGAUGUGCCUCUGGGCAAUAGUUUUUAUUUAGCAAAUGAAUUUCUUGAUGCUCUACCUAUACAUAAAUUUCAGAAAACAGAAAAAGGGUGGCGUGAGGUGUUGGUUGACAUUGAUCCAGAAACGCCUGAUAAACUGCGAUUUGUCCUUGCACCAUCUUCUACUCCUGCUACAGAAGCCUUCAUACAUAGGGAAGAAUCCAGAAAUCAUGUGGAAGUGUGUCCUGAUGCUGGGGUCAUCAUCCAAAAGUUGGCCCAUAAUAUUGAAAAGAAUGGAGGAGCUGCACUGAUUGUAGAUUAUGGUCAUGAUGGAACCAAAACAGAUACUUUCAGGGGAUUCCGUGGUCAUAAACUUCAUGAUGUGUUACUGUCCCCAGGAACAGCAGACCUUACAGCAGAUGUUGACUUCAGUUAUCUGCGAAGAAUGGCACAGGAAAGAGUAGCCACACUGGGUCCUGUAGCACAACAAGAUUUUUUGAAAAAUAUGGGCAUUGAUAUAAGACUGCAGGUACUAUUGCAGAAUGCUAGUGAUCCAAGUGUUCGCAGUCAGCUGCUCCGAAGUUAUGAAAUGCUGAUGGACCUAGAUAAAAUGGGAGGGCGCUUCAAUUUUUUUGCCAUUGUGCCUCAUCACAGGCUUGCAGCUUCAGAGCAGAUGCUGCUGGCAGUGAAGAUGCUAAUGGCAGACCUGAAAGAGGAGGAGUGUAAACAGACAACAGAAAGGAAGAAGAAAAGCAGAAGCAACAUGACAGAACAAACAGGCUGAAAAGUCCCAUUGAAGGACUGC